CUCAAUCAAGGAAUUCUUCGCCCAACCUCUGCAGUAUAUACGUGUUCUGUGACAAACAUCUCAAGCCAUCUCGGCCUCUUGACGUCGGUUUGACAUUCCAGAACGCGAUGUCGAGCCCAGGAUACGUAGCUUCAUCUGCAGCCUCGUCAGCAGGUUCUGUUCUCUCCUCAGCAGCUUCAGUCGACCUACGGGAGAUGCUACUCUCCCAUGCAAAUCUCGGGGAUCUCUCAUUAACAUAUGCACUCACUUCUAUUGCAAUACGAAACCAGAUUCACUACUUCCACCCAGUCGAGCUACAAAAAGGUCGACGCUUCCUAGGCGAAGGCACGACAUGCACAGUGUAUCAGACAUCGAUAACACCGGAACUAGACAACAUAAAGCCACAAGCCGUCGCAGUCAAGCAGAAACGGCGAAAAGGGUCCUGGUUCGACCACGAAAUUUCUCUCGGAGCAUGGUUAAGGAGCUGUUACCAAGAUGUGCGUAUCAUGUCCGACAGCGCCUUAAAGUCAUCAAAGAAUGUUGCUCAAGUACUGGGAUUCUUCUGGGAGAAAGUCGAUAUUGACGGGCCAACGAGAUUAUCACCCUGUCUGGUGAUGCCACUUGCGACGGUCGACACGGUAACUCUCGAUCAUUUCUUUCAUCGGUUGACAGCCAAAGGCGAGAACGCCUCUCUGGAGCGGAAAAUGCAAUUUUGUUGCGACGUAGUCAAUGGCGUGUACGAACUCCAUCGUUGUGGAGUGGCUCAUGGCGACUUAAAACUGGGAAAUGUUCUGUUGUUCGAAGAUGACAACACCGGAUCUCCAUCAUUGAUCGCAAAGAUAUCAGAUUUCAGUCACGCAACCGUGGUCAGUGACUACGAAAAAGCUCUUGGGCAUCCACUAAGAUAUACUGGAACAAGGCCUUUCAUAAUACCAGAGGUCCGAAGGGAUGAUGCGGCAUACUUUGGCGAUUCCAACGAUUAUGAGCCCUCAAUUGCAGCCAGCGACUAUCUCCUCUGCGACAUCUUCGGUCUCGGACUGCUACUAGUGGCAAUUCUCUCGAAUGGUGUUGAUUUUGCUUCGGCGAUCAAACAUCGCGAGGAGGCACGACACUCAAGAACAGUGGAUGACUCGGAGUUAGAGCGUGAACUUGACAAGAUUUGCGCUGAGAGCAAUGGUGUACUCGCGCUCUCACGAGCCUUGGUCUUUGAAAACAAUGACUCUGACGAAGCUCAAAUACGGAGCACUAUACAUGCGUGCCUGGAAGCAUGUCUUCAAGACGAUCCCAGUAAACGCAGCGCAGCGAGUUCUGUCUUAUCACUGCUAACACAUAUGUCAACGACCGGCACGAACGACGAAACGAUCAGUAACCCGGACGAAGAGCCAUAUGGGAAAGUCGAAACAGGCCACUUUUCUCCCCAAGAGCUCGCAAUACUGCUAGUUCGUUCAUAUCUCCCUCCACUACCCGACUUGCUGCAAUCUCAAAUAUUCGCCGAGCUCGCACGCAACUCCAACAGCCCUUCGAGCCUUGCUCCGGCCUUCCUCGCCAAUUGCUUUACCUCGGGAUUCGGUACAGCCGCUGAUCUCAAGUCUGCAUCGGGAUGCUUGCUCGAAGCAGCUGAUCGCAAUGAUCGGGGAUGCAGAGCCAUCUGGCAAGCUACUUUUCUCGCUGUCUUUCCGGAUCGUAAGGAGUUGCUGCGAGAAUAUAUGAAGAGAUCAUACAUAUCCUUCAGUGAUAGCGAUGUGGAUCUGAUGGAGCCUCGGAGUGCCAAUUACGCCAGACGCAUCCAGCAUUACAAGCUAGUUGAUUUCCACGACGUCUCAAAAAUCUUCAUUUCUUCGGGUCAGCGUGACAUUCCGGUCUACAGCAGAACAUCAGCGAUCGACGCUGAGAAGAAUAGGAUUUUAGUUCUCAAACGCAAGGAGACUAUCUCACUAAUAUGCCAAAUUCCAUCAAUUCCAUCAGGAUAUCGCCGAGAAGAGACAUUGCAGGCCCUCCUAAACAAACUAGAGACAUUGCAGGCCCUCCUAAACAAACUUCAAAAGGUUACGCUUGAAGUCCAGCCUCAUUCGUCCAUACUAGAGUCGGCCGCCAAGCGGUUUGAUCCUUUGGAGACUUUCUCGGAAUCUUUCUUACGGAGUAUGGUCCAAUAUAACAACACGCACCUCGAAACCGAGUCAGACUAUCACGACUCGUUCAGUCUAGUCCAAACAUAUCGGGACAAUGAAACAGAGAUUGGGUUGCCUUUUGGUCUGCUUGAUACUGCGUUACAUAUGGUUGCAGAGAACAAUAGUCCUCUCGGUCAGAGGAAAGCACUGCACAAUGUGAUGGCAGUCAUUCAAGCAGGCGGCUCCAGAGAGAUAAACGAACCUAAUCUAUGGGGAGAAACGCCCUUGAUCCAGAGCUGUCGUUACGGUCAGUUUCUCGUGGCUCGGUAUCUCCUGGAACUCGGUGCGGAUCCAUGUCGACCUGAUAACAAUGGAGUGACUGCUUUGCACUGGCUUAGCCUUUUCCGCGAAGACGAAGUCGAUGAAAUCUGCAAACUCCUAAUCAAAUCUGGCAGCAAUAUUGAUGCCAUUACAUCCGGGGCGAUUGAGAUUGAGAGCCAUUGCCUGUUUCUUCACGCACACUCCACGCCACUCCAUUACGCAGCAAUGUUGCGAAACGUAACGGCGGUCAAGGCGCUUCUAGCUCUUGGAGCGGACCCAUUCGCAGUGACGAAGGUGGGAGUGUGCAAACAUAGUUACCAUCUAACACCACUUCAUCUUGCUGUUUCUUGUCAUUUCUAUAAUAUUGUUGAAGAAUUGAUCAAGGUCAAAAACACCAUAGCAGCAGUGACCGCAUUCCUUGGUCGCAAAACAUCUCAACAAAUACACAUGAUCCAUCUCGUUGGCUUUGGCACCGUUGGUCAUCUUCUAAUGGCUCCCUUUGCUCGAUGGGUCAUGCACGGAGUAGAAUACAAAGACGCUUUGGACAGGACAUUGAGCGCCAUAUUGUCGGUAUUCCCAGAACGACAUGUGCUAGAACCCAUUCUGGACGCAUACCCUUUUUUGGCUAUUCCAGCGUCAGACCCGUGGAUCUUCCAGUCAAUCUUGCAAGCAGGCUUCAGUCCCAAACAACCCUCAAGAGAAGAACUGGGCCCAUUCGACCGCGCCGAUGCCCAUCAACAUCCGGGAUGGGAGGCGGAACUGCUCAUAAGAGCGGCAGUGGAUGGUUCUGGAUUUGGAAAAUAUAACUCCGAGACGAUGGACGCGGUGCUUGACUUUGUUGACACCACGACUCCCAGUUUUGGUCUUGUAAUGGCCGCCGUUGAUCAUUGCGUGAAAGGCGAUAUGCCUGGGCCACUAUCAGUAAUGCUCAGACGACUAGAAGUGCUCCAACAAACAGCGAUGUUGAAGGGCAUACUCUUCACGGCAGCGGAACAUGACUCAGUGGCGGUGAUUGACUUGGUGUUCUCUAGGUUAACCGAUCUUGGAGUUAAUGCGAAAGAGAUUGCCCAACUUCAAACCAGAGCGGAUGACCAGAGUGUUUUGCAUCUAGCGGCUAGGUCCAACGCCACUCACGCUGUCACCUACCUCCUUGACCACGGAGCCGAUAUAGAUCUUGACAUCCAGCCCACUGGAACAGCCCUCAACGUCGCCGCCGGAAACUUCGAGAACAGAGAUGCGGUCGUGCUCCUACUCCAACGCGGCGCCAACAUAUUCUGCUCUCUCCAUCGCGGCUCGAUGCACUCUAUUCUCCACAUCGCAGACAGCGACUUCGACUCCCAAGAAUCAGCCCAACAGUUCUCUUUAGUCCAAGUUCUUCUCGAAACCUUUCCAGACAAAUUUGUCAAAGAUGGUGGCCCUACAAUCAACGCGCAAGAUCGGUACGGUCGAACGGCAUUGCAUUACGCAGCCAUGAGGGGACACCUCAAUGCCGUGCGAGCUCUGGUAGCACUUCCGCACAUCGAAGUCUCUGUUAAGGAGAUUGAAGGGUGGACUCCGUUGAUGUGGGCGUUGCAUAGCGUUCAUUUUAGCGAUGAGUCGCUCUUGCUGGCUGAGACCGAUCACCGAUCGAAAAGGAAUAGAUGCAAAACAAUAUGCAAAAUUCUCAUUGACGCCAAUUCUGCUGUUCCAGAAGUGGAGCCUCACACGGGCGACUAUCUCUUUCUUCUUCAAUGGGGAAUGAACCGGCUGCUACGGCUUGUCAGCGGUGCGCCGGCCACCAGUUUGACGCAAUAUGCGUCGACUGUUUUCCGGAAUUUCAAUUUCGUCAAAGCGAAUACGGUCAUGCUGUUUGCUACAGAUAGGAAGAAGCAUGUAUCUUUUUCAUCCAUUCACUCAUUUUAUCCUACUCGGUUUCACUGUUGACGUGUCAGUCUGUAUUUUUCCCUGCC